AUGCCUCACUCAGAUUGCCCACCAUUGCCCACAGCUGGCACCCCGAGCUGCAUUCCCACUCAUACCCCUGGUGAUUGUUUCUGGCAAACGCACCAAGAUGAGUUACGUGACCACCGAUCGACCGAGGAUCUCCCCAAGCACAGUGACAUUGUGAUUAUUGGGGCCGGGUUUGCCGGUGUCGGCACUGCCUACCACCUGACCAAAGAUGGUGGCUCGACCAAGUCUAUCACAAUCCUGGAAGCGCGAGGUGCCUGCUCGGGGGCAACUGGCCGCAAUGGCGGUCAUUGCAGACCCGACUUCUACGGUCACAUCCCAACAUAUAUGGACCGGGCGGGAGACCGAGCUGGUGCCGAGAUUGCAGAGUUUGAGAUCGCAAAUCUCCGUGCCCUGAAAAAGGUCAUUGAACGCGAGAAUAUCGAUUGCGACUUCACUCUUGCACGUUCUGUUGAUGUUUGGUGCAAUGAAGACGCUGCCAAGAGUGCUAAAGCGGUCUAUGACCGUAUGGUUGCUGCAGACUUUGAAUACAUGGAUGAUGUGGUGUUUUAUACUGGCGAACAAGUUGAGGGAAUCUGUGGCGUCAAGGGCGCAAAAGCAUGUGCAAGCUUCACAGCCGGUACGAUGUGGCCUUUCAAAUUCAUCAUGCACCUCGUCAAGAAGCUCCUCACGCUUGGGGUCAACCUGCAAACACAUACGCCAGUCACAUCAAUUACACCAGCACCUGAAGGAGGAUAUAUAAUCGAGACACCUCGAGGCAGAAUGCACGCCGAUAAUGUCGUCCAUGCGAACAACGCAUAUGUCUCAGGACUGCUUCCCGAAUACGGCAAGAACAUCAUCCCCUGCAAAGGCAUUUGCAGCCGCAUCACUGUCCCCGAGGGCACCGCAGCACCACUCCUUAACAACUCAUACAUCAACCGCACUGAAGAUAGCACAUUAUCAUACUUCGUUCCUCGCGCUGAUGGUAGUAUCAUUGUCGGCGGUGCCGCCAAGCUAUUCCGGCCAUUCCAAGAACAGUGGUACGACAACGUGAAUGACAGCGUUCUCAUCGACUCGGCGAAGGAUUAUUACGAUGAUUAUAUGCAGCGCACAUACCGCGGUUGGGAAGAUACUGGUGCUAAGGUGGACAACAUCUGGACCGGUGUGAUGGGUUAUUCAUACGACUCCAACCCACACAUCGGACACGUCCCUAAUAAAGAUGGUCAGUACAUUCUGGCUGGAUUUAACGGCCACGGUAUGCCAGUUAUCUGGCUGGCCGCUCAGGAGCUGGCUAAGAUGGUCUCUGAGGGUAUUCCUUUUGAAAAAACGAGCAUGCCCCGUCUCUUCCAAACUAGCCAGUUCCGCAUUGACCGUGCGCAGGCUGGGAAGGUGGAGGACGGUGAUAUCCUGGGGACUGGCAAUUUUGCCGCUACCAAGCCUUGA